AUGAAAGCCUGUUGGUGGUGUUGGUCCGAAAGAAUGUUAUUGUAUGUCGAGGAAGCUUGGAGAUUGAUGGACGGGCUUGCAAACCCUUAUCUUGCGCUUUCAGCCAUCUUAGCAGCGGGUUUAGACGGUCUUGAAAAGGAAACACCCCUUCUAGGUGGGCCCUGCGACCAAGCGUACGCGCAUCUCCGGCCGGAAGAGCAGAAAGCGCUUGGCAUAACGACAAUGUUGCCAAAAACGCUGAAGGAUAGUUUGGCCGCGCUGGAAGCAAACUCUGAAUUAGGUGUACUGCUUGGGCUCGGUAUGGUCUCUGCCUAUGCUAUGGUGAAGCGGGGAGAAGUGGAUUCUUUACGGGCAAUGCCUGACGAUGCAAGAAAGGCUUGGUUGAUCUCGAGGUACUGA